AUGAGUUCAACCGAAGCCUUCAUCGUGUCGGCCGCGGACGCAAUCAGCGCAGCGCGCCCCGGCUCGCGUAGGGAUACCGCAGAGAAUUACAUCAAGCGUCUCCAGGCUUUGGAAGAAGUCGGGCGCGCAUUUGACGGCGUGGAGAAGUGCUACGCUAUUCAGGCGGGCCGCGAAGUGCGCGUAAUGGUCAAGCCACAAGCCGUUGACGACGCGACGGCGGCAAAGAUGGCCAACGACAUCGUGAAGAAGAUCGAGGCGACACUCGUCUAUCCCGGACAGAUAAAGGUAACCGUAAUUCGGGAAAGCCGUUCAGUCGGAUACGCUCGGUAG